GGCAGGGAACGGACCUGCCCUCGUCUCACGCCUCACUGCCUCUCGGUGCGCGCGGUCUGGAGACACUCGCGAGUCAGAGACAGUGGCCACUUUCCUCCCCAGCAGCAGGAACGCACGCAAGCAUUCGGGGAGUCCUUUGCAGCCCAUUUCCCCAAUCAGGACAUCCACUUCCACGGUAGCCCCUCCAACACCUCACUCCCUUCUCCCCUGUGCCCUCGGUCAGGGGCCUUGGCUGGAGGGUUAUCCAAGUCUGCGUGCACGAUCCCCAGGUCCCUCUCCAUCCGUCUCUCAUGGGCUCUCUAGAGAGCAGGGGCUCCGGGAUGAACCUCUGAGGGUCUGGGCCACUUGUACUACUGCAGGGACCUCGGGUGACUUGGAGACGAGCUGUAGCAGCGGCGGCAGCGUCUGUAACCGGUGGAUGUCAACUCCAUCCAUAGUUCCACCGGACUGACAUGGAUGAGACUUGUUCAGGCAGCUUGCAGUAGCCAGGAGCAGAACCUGGAAGCUUACUUGGAAAACAGUCAGCUGUAUUUCCGUCCCACAAGGAAGAUCAAGCAAAAUGAAGAGCUCUUUAUUUGGUACGACAAAGAGCUUUUCUGCCUCCUAGGUUUCCAGGAUAUUAAAGCCAGAGCUCUCCAUAAAGAUUACAGAUGCCCCAAAUGCAACCAUACCUUUAAGUGUGAGCAUUCCUAUCUCUCGCACAUUCACUUCCUGUGUUCUCCAGGGAAAGCCCCCUUGGUGAUGAGCCCUCCAGACCCCAAAGCUCCCCAUACCAGGGAUCUGGACCAAUCUACUAACUUCCACAACCUAGCCAGAGACCUGGAGGUCAAAAUGGCCACCCAGGAAAAUACUCUGCACAGCCCUUUGCCUGAAAAGAAGACACAAACCGAUGAAGCUGAGCAGAGCCAGGUCCAGAAAAUGGUGUUGCUGGAGAAAACAAACCACUUGAGGAAGAGACUGCCCUCUGUUCCCUGCAGCAGGGAGGAUGGAGGGACUGAGCAUGUGCUGUCAGCUGCCAUAUGGAAGCUCAGCCCAGUGAAGCAGUCAUCCAAGAAGGCCCCCUGGGACCAGAAGCCCAGUGCUUUCACUGAGGUCAAGAGACUAAAGGACAAACUUCAGAGUGAGAGAGCCAGAGAUGGGGACCAAGGACCUGGCUCAAACCAAGUUGGCAAAGAACAGCAACCAAUGGAUUGUGUCCUGAGUGGAGCAGAGAGUGCUUUCUCCUUUGUGUGGCCUGCCCGGGCCCUGGGUGAGCUGGGAAGCGCUUUCAGCAAACCAGUCAAGUGUCUGGCCCAGAGAACAGCACUAAGCUCCCAGCCCCCAGUCAGCAACUCGGCAGAAGCCCUGGGGGAUCUGUCAGGGUUCAUUAACACCAUGGAUUCUAUGUGUUGUGGAAAUCUUUUGAAUUCCAAGUUUUCCAUCAGCGAUUUGUGCAACUUACAAAUGUUACAGGAGUGGGCCCCCCAGUGCAACACCUUCCCAUAUGCCUCAGAACUGUGGCCAAAGCCUGUAGCUCAGUUACACAUAUCUCCAUCGUCUGCCUCCUCCACCCCGUCUUCCCCGUCUUUGACGCUCUUGCCACCCACGUUCACAUCACUUGGCAUGGCUACCCAGAACUGGUGUGCGAAAUGUAACCUCUCCUUCCGUAUGACAUCCGACUUGGUUUUCCACAUGCGAUCACACCACAAGAAGGAAUACUCCUCUUCUGAGGUGCAGGCCAAGAGGAGACGGGAAGAGAAGCUGACCUGCGCAAUUUGCCAUGAGUAUUUCCGAGAGCGCCACCAUCUAUCCCGGCACAUGACUUCUCACAAUUAGAGAUGCAGCCGUAGACCGAAUCAAUCCCAUCCCACGUGCUACUUGUAUAACUCUGUUGCUGAAGGGAGGAAUGGUCUUUGGGUAACUUUCUUUAGGGAUAUGUCUAUUUAAAAUGACUGACAAUCCUGUUUCCUGGCUCAAAGAUGGGAUAUUUACAAAAGAUCAGUGAGGUUUGGUUUUAGUUUGAAAAAGACAACCAAUUCACAGAGUCACAGAGUUGUCAAGUUUAAAGGGAGCUUAGUGGCCAACCCUUACAUACUAGUCCUUGUGAAUAUAUAUUUUUAAGGAAUGAAAAUAGUGAAAUGAAGCUAAGAUUAUUGUUAAUCCUUAAUCAUUGUACUUUUCAGACCUGUGUGUUGGUAUAAUACAGACUUUGGAACAUUUUCAAAGGUGUGAAUUGUUUGAACCAUCCAUGCAGGAAAUGUCACCUCCAUUUCCAUUUCCUCUUAAGGUAUUAAGUUUAGACAUAGAGAGGGCAGAAAAACAGCACCAACUCUUUCCCUCCCCCCCAAAAAAACCAUCAUGUGCAAAAAGUCUGAGGAAUAAACGUAUAUGGGAUGUUAGAAAGUUGUGAUUGGUGGUGGUAUAAAGAUAAAGGAAUGUCUUAGAGACUAGUUGAAUAUUCUCUUCCAGGGACAGCCCCUUCCAUUGGCAUAGAGAGACAAACUUCUUUCUCAAUAACCAUGGAAAGCAAUACUUCACUCUACUCAAAGAGUUGUUUCAGACUCACAAACACCCAUUAUUGGAAUUACCAUGCUGCCUUUCUAUUCACAGUACCCUAUUUUUCCUAACUAGGGGCAUAUGUUCAGGA